GCUAAGGGAGAUAGCCUACGGGGGUUUGUGAGUACGCGUCUUUUGCAGCAUCUGCGUCCAUGGGGGCUGGGUUGAGGGAGGCUUAAAAGCAAGGCUGUUUAGUUCGAAUAAAGUUAUUCGACUGCAGUUUACUGACUGCGUGAGCACACCGCUACAACGUGUUUUUAUCGCUAUUAAUAUACGUCACCACUGCCAAUACCUGACACCCGCCAGUGCGCGAUUUCUUUAAUUUUUCGAUCCAAGGUAAGCCAACUAUGGAGAAUUCUAAAAAAAGAAAAGUGACUGAAGAAAACAGAACGUUUAAUGAUCCGUGGACAGAUUCAUUUGCUUUCACUGUUGACGAGACUGGUUUACCGGUAUGCUUAAUAUGCAAUGAGAAACUAGCAAACAACAAAAAGUCAAAUGUCGCAAGGCAUUUCCAGAAUAAACACGCAGCCUUUGCUCAAAAAUAUCCGGAUGGAGAUGAGAGAAAAAAAGCCGUUUCGGAACUGAUGCGGAAGGUUGAUCUGAGCAAAAAUCAUUUCCAGAAAUGGAUGAAGUCUGGAAAAUCAACGACAUACGCCAGUUAUAUUGCCGCUCAGGAAAUAGUCAGGCACGGGAAGCAGUUUACAGAUGGUGAAUAUAUAAAAGAAUCUUUCAUUAAGAUUUCAGAACAUCUAUUCACGGACUUUAAAAACAAGAGUGAAAUUGUGCAGAAAAUCAGGGAUAUGCCCCUCUCUGCAAAGACUGUCAAAGACAGAACCAUAAAAAUGGCAGAAGACAUCACAAGACAGCAAAUUAAAGACAUCAAUUCAGCUGUGGCCUACUCGAUUGCCUGUGACGAGUCUAAAGACAAAGGUGAUAUUGAACAAAUAGCGUUGUUCUGCCGGUAUGUAAACUCUGCCGGGCCACAGGAAGAACUGAUUGAGUUGAUACCUCUAAAAGACCAAACACGGGGGGAGGACAUCUGUGAGGCUGUCUUGAAUUGUUUAAGAGCCAAAGGAAUAAAGACCAGCCAUCUGGUGUCAGUAGCUACUGAUGGGGCAACGAAUAUGACGAGAACGCACAAGGGAAUUGUGGCUUUACUGCAGAAGUCGCUGGACAGAAAGCUGCUGAUUUUUCACUGCAUCUUGCACCAAGAGGCACUGUGCGCUCAAACAUUUCCUCCGGAAUGCACAGAAGUAAUGGAUGUUGUCAUUCAGAUUGUCAAUAAAAUAAUGGCAAAAAGUUUAAAUCACCGUCAAUUCCGUUUGUUACUGGACGAGCUGGAAAGCGCAUAUUCUGAUCUCCUGCUGCACAACAAAGUCCGGUGGCUGUCCAAAGGGGAGGUGCUGAAACGCUUUGUCGCGUGUCUGGAAGAAGUGAAAACUUUCCUGGGCAGCAAAGGGCUCAACUUUCCUGAGCUGGAACAGCCAGAGUGGCUGGAAAAGCUACACUUCAUGGUAGACGUGACAGCGCACCUGAACACGCUGAACACAGCUCUUCAAUGGGGUAAGGACGUACAGCCCUGCACAUGUUGGAGGAUGUUUUGGCAUUCGAGCGCAAGUUGACGUUGCUUGCCAGAGAUUUACAGAAAGGCACAUUGUCUCACUUUCCCAAUUUGAGAGAGUUCAAACAAGGUCACGACAUGAUAAAUUCGGAGUAUUUACAUUCUGCAAUCAUCGCAAUGCAAACAUCGUUUGGGAAACGCUUCUGUGAGUUCAGAGAGGAAAAAAACACAUUAUCCUUCCCGGUCACUCCCCUAAGCAUCGAUCCAUCCCUACUGAAUACGACUGCAUUGUCAGGUGUUGACAGCUGGCUGACGUUAUUUUUGGUUUGCUGCUGGCGGCAAAUUUAAGUUUGGCGUUUUUCAUAAAUACAAGAAGGAC